GGAAGCUAAGAAGUGGAUCCCAACAAAGUUCCUUGAGAAUCUCUCUGUCCCACGCGUUGACCUCGGUGGAAACCAGCUUUGGUCUGGAAUACAGCUAAAAAUGCAGAAAAUGUGGUUAGAACUGCAGGAUCCUGGUCUCACUAAUAGCUGGAAAGAAAACGCUUUAUGUAUCCAGCCGAAAUCUUUCUGCUCAACGAACGCGGGCGCCAGGCGUGAGAGGAGAAGCUCGGGAGCGGCGGCAUGGAGGCUCUCACUACUCAGCUGGGGCCGGGGCGCGAGGGCAGUUCUUCGCCCAACUCCAAGCAGGAGCUGCAGCCGUACUCGGGCUCCAGCGCUCUCAAACCCAACCAGGUGGGCGAGACGUCGCUGUACGGGGUGCCCAUUGUGUCGCUGGUCAUCGACGGCCAGGAGCGCCUAUGCCUGGCGCAGAUCUCCAACACCCUCCUCAAGAACUACAGCUAUAAUGAGAUCCACAACCGCCGCGUGGCCCUGGGCAUCACGUGCGUGCAGUGCACGCCGGUACAGCUGGAGAUUCUGCGUCGGGCCGGGGCCAUGCCCAUCUCUUCGCGCCGCUGCGGCAUGAUCACCAAGCGAGAGGCCGAACGCCUGUGCAAGUCGUUCCUGGGCGAGCACAAACCACCCAAGCUGCCCGAGAACUUCGCCUUCGAUGUGGUGCACGAGUGCGCGUGGGGCUCGCGUGGUAGCUUCAUCCCUGCGCGUUACAACAGCUCUCGUGCCAAGUGCAUCAAGUGCGGCUACUGCAGCAUGUACUUCUCGCCCAACAAGUUCAUCUUCCACUCGCACCGCACACCCGACGCCAAGUACACGCAGCCCGAUGCCGCCAACUUCAACUCCUGGCGUCGUCACCUCAAACUCAGUGACAAGUCGGCCACAGACGAACUGAGCCAUGCUUGGGAGGACGUCAAGGCCAUGUUUAAUGGCGGCACGCGCAAGCGGACCUUCUCCCUACAAGGAGGCGGCGGAGGCGGUGCUAAUGGCGGGUCGGGUGGGCAGGGGAAGGGUGGUGCUGGCGGCGGUGGCGGCGGUGGCCCAGGGUGCGGUGCGGAGAUGGCCCCAGGCCCGCCGCCCCACAAAAGCCUGCGCUGUGGCGAAGAUGAAGCUGCCGGGCCUCCGGGGCCACCUCCACCCCACCCGCAGCGCGGACUUGGCCUGGUGACUGGAGCUAGUGGCCCGGCGGGCCCAGGAGGGCCCGGUGGCGGCGCCGGCGUACGAAGCUACCCGGUGAUCCCGGUGCCCAGCAAAGGCUUUGGGCUCCUGCAAAAGCUGCCCCCACCACUUUUCCCCCAUCCUUACGGCUUCCCUACGGCCUUCGGCCUAUGCCCCAAAAAGGACGACCCGGUUUUAGGCGCGGGCGAGCCAAAGGGCUGUCCUGGCACUGGGAGCGGCGGCGGAGGCGCGGGAACUGGCGGAGGUGCGGGGGGCCCGGGAGCCAGUCACUUGCCCCCGGGGGCAGGGGCGGGCCCGGGCGGCGGCGCCAUGUUCUGGGGGCAUCAACCCUCCGGGGCAGCCAAGGACGCAGCGGCAGUGGCUGCAGCGGCCGCCGCCGCCACUGUGUACCCGACGUUUCCCAUGUUCUGGCCAGCAGCAGGCAGCCUCCCGGUACCUUCCUACCCCGCUGCUCAGAGCCAAGCCAAGGCCGUGGCGGCAGCCGUGGCGGCGGCAGCGGCCGCGGCGGCGGCAGCUGCUGGCAGCGGUGCCCCAGAGCCCCUGGACGGUGCCGAGCCAGCCAAAGAGGGUGGCCUCGGCGCGGAGGAACGCUGCCCGAGCGCUCUGUCCCGCGGGCCCCUGGACGAAGACGGCGCGGACGAGGCGCUGCCACCGCCCCUGGCCCCGCUGCCCCCGCCGCCCCCGCCGCCCGCACGCAAAGGCUCCUACGUGUCGGCCUUCCGGCCGGUGGUCAAGGACACCGAGAGCAUCGCUAAGCUCUACGGGAGCGCCCGGGAGGCGUACGGCGCGGGGCCUGCUCGGGGGCCGGGACCCGGCGCUGGGAGCGGCGGCUACGUGAGCCCGGACUUUCUGAGCGAGGGCAGCUCCAGCUACCAUUCCGCCUCGCCCGACGUGGACACCGCGGACGAGCCCGAGGUGGACGUGGAAUCCAACCGCUUCCCAGACGACGAGGGUGCCCAGGAGGAGACCGAGCCCAGAGCACCCAGCGCAGGGGGUGGCCCAGACGGUGAACAGCCCACUGGAGCCCCUUCCGCCACCUCCUCUGGAGCGGACGGUCCCGCAGACUCUCCAGACGGCGGCAGCCCCCUCCCCCGGCGCCGCCUCAGGCCACCCCCAGCUGGCCCGCCCGCAUUUGGGGACUUGGCGGCCGACGACUUGGUGCGGAGACCUGAGAGGAGCCCCCCAAGCGGCGGCGGCUACGAGCUGCGAGAGCCUUGCGGGCCCCUAGGAGGCCCCGCGCCGGCCAAGGUGUACGCGCCCGAGAGGGAUGAGCACGUGAAGAGCGCGGCGGUGGCGCUGGGGCCCGCGGCCUCCUACCUCUGCACCCCCGAGGCCCACGAGCCAGAUAAGGAAGACAAUCACUCGCCCGCCGAUGAUUUGGAAACGAGGAAAUCCUAUCCAGACCAAAGGAGUAUCUCCCAGCCAAGUCCUGCAAAUACAGACAGAGGCGAAGAUGGGCUUACCUUGGAUGUCACAGGAACUCAGCUGGUGGAGAAAGAUAUCGAGAACCUGGCCAGAGACGAAUUGCAAAAACUGCUCCUGGAACAAAUGGAGCUCCGCAAGAAGCUGGAACGGGAAUUUCAGAGUCUCAAAGAUAAUUUUCAGGAUCAAAUGAAGAGGGAAUUGGCUUAUCGAGAAGAAAUGGUGCAACAGCUGCAAAUUGUCAGAGAUACCCUGUGUAACGAACUCGACCAGGAGCGGAAGGCGCGCUACGCCAUCCAGCAGAAAUUGAAAGAAGCCCACGACGCCCUGCACCACUUCUCCUGCAAGAUGCUGACGCCCCGCCACUGCACUGGCAACUGCUCCUUCAAGCCCCCGCUGUUGCCCUAGGGCCGGCCUGGCCGCACCCCUGCGCCCUCAAGCCAUGCUGCUCCUUGUAAAUACCCGCUGCCGCGGCGGCCCUGAGCGAGGAACAAGCCAUUCGGACCCGACCGAUGUAAAUACAGCCGCCCGUCCGCCCGCCUUCCUCCCGGGCUCCCCGGCCUUGCCCGCCCCCUCCCGGGCGUCCCUGUCCAGGGCCCCGGCUUGGUUUCCAAGUGUAAAUACCGCCUCGCCUCUCAAAUCCCCCUACCCCGUUUGAACUCUAGGGCAUCGGACCUCAAGGGGUUAACUGGACAGACGGGGGGCGGGAGGGGAGAGCGCCCCCUCCCAUUGUAUAGCCUUGAACCCGAUUGUGAAUACAGUGUAGCAACUUCGCUGGCGCCUGCCCCGCACUCCCCGUCCGGUCCACUUCUGAAACUCCUGUUCCUAAUGACAAAGUGGCUAUGUGCAAUGGAUAUAAAUGUACUGUGAGUCUCUCC